UGAAUUGAUCGAAUGAAGAUGUGAUCGACUAUAAAUGGCUUAGGCACCAAAAACUUAUCAUCCACUUAGUUUCCUCCGGUUAACAAGCAGACAACCUUUUAUCUCAACAUGAAAUUCGUCAUUGUUUUCGUUGCCCUUUUCGGUUUGGCUUUGGCCGCUCCACCACAAUCUAAUGCUGAAGCUACCGUCCUCCGUCAGGACUCAAACGUUGGUGCUGAAGGAUACCAAUUCUCUGUUGAGACCAGUGAUGGCAAAUCUCACUCCGAAGAAGGUCAAUUGAAGAACAUUGGAACUGAAAACGAAGCCCUCUCCGUCCGUGGAUCAUUCACUUACUUGGGAGAUGAUGGUGUCACCUACUCCGUCAGCUACGUCGCCGAUGAGAACGGUUUCCAACCCAGUGCCGCUCAUUUGCCAGUUGCCCCAGUUGCUUAAAUAAUUUCUUCGACAUCAAAAUUGAUAUAAG